CCCAGCAUCUCCUCUCUCCUCCCCCUCCCCCCGGAGCUGGCCGUGCAGUGUACCCUCCGUCUCACACCCGGUCACACAGCCCGCUCCCUGCGCCCGGUAUCUCCGUUAUGUUUUGGUAGAAAAAUGAUCCUGUUACCGCAACACGAUUCAGUCCACAACCAUAACUUUCUCCGAAAGAUUUAUUUGGAAUAUCAGCCAGGAAACUGAAAAUCAUCCUAUCAGCUGAGGAACUUGGACCCAUCGCUUUGUCAGAAUCAGGACAACAAACCAUUGCUCCAUUAAAGACCUCGACCCAAGAGCUAUCGCACAAUCUGUACAAGAACCAUAUGAUAUUCCCAUUACUCUCUCAGGGGUCUGGAUCCCAGUACCACUACCCUACCAGCGACUGAGACCUCAGAACCUAACCUUUAUUCUACCAGAACUUCCUAACCCAUCAGGAACCAGCUACUGUAAAGAUUAACGACAAUGAAAUCUGUCAGAGCAGUAGUUGUUUUCCGACGGCCAAAAUGAACAGUAAACAAGGAUGGAGAGCUGGUGCAGUGUUCCUUACCGUCAUGUUCUGCUUUGGAAUGUUGUGGUAUCUACACCUGGAGACGUACAUUCCAAGGUCUUAUGUCCAUUUCCGAGCAAUGUGCUCUCCAGGUGAGCUAACUGCAAAAGCGGCCUCUCUGAUCAGCAACUACUCCAGGAAUCAUCCAGUCUUCCUGCAGCUCAGUGACUACUUCUGGGUGAAGAACGAGUCCACGUACGCUUUGCCAUACGGCACAAAAGGCAGCGAGGAUCUGCUGAUGAAAUUUCUGGCUCUAACAAACCGGUAUCAUGUGCCACAGGAAAUAGAGAGGUUGCAGUGCAGACGGUGUGUUGUGGUCGGCAAUGGCCAUCGGCUAAAAAACAGCUCCCUGGGUGAAAUCCUUAAUAAAUAUGAUGUGGUCAUCAGGUUGAACAACGCCCCUGUGCACAAGUACGAGAAGGACGUUGGCAGUAAGACCACCAUGCGCUUCUUCUACCCAGAGUCUGCUGAUUUUGAUGUCCAAUUGGAUAACAAUCCAGACACUUUAUUGGUUCUGGUGCCAUUCAAGCCCCUGGACAUCCAAUGGAUGAAGAUCAUUUUAAAUAAUGAAAAGAGGGUCCGUAAAGGUUUUUGGAAAAUGCCCCCUAUAAUUUGGGAAGUGGCUCCUCAGAAUACGCGCAUCUUGAACCCUUACUACAUGGAAGUGACUGCCACAAAAAUUCUAGGUCCUUUGCUCUCCAAUAGGACACAGUCCAAAAAAAUGACCGUUAAACCGACUACGGGAAUGCUAGCCAUCACCUUUGCCCUCCACUUCUGUGACCAGGUUCACAUUGCAGGGUUUGGGUACCCGGCGCUCAGCAACAAAAAGCAGCCCAUUCACUACUACGAGAAGGUGACCCUGAAAUCCAUGGCUGUGUCAGGACAUAACAUCACGCUUGAAGCCUUGGCAAUAAGGAAUCUUCUUCAGCACAGACUUGUUCACAAUCUGACUUAUUUCUGAAGAUGGGAUUGUGUAUGUGGAAUAUCUACAAGCCUCUACCCUGUGGUGCGAUCCAGAGGGCAGUAUGCUGGACACGCUGCCCCGUGCCACCUUUAAGUCAGUGAAAGGAACAUUUUUGCAAAACCGUGGCGAAACAUUUCACAAAUGGGACUGGAGAACGCAUUCAGACUAGGGUAAAUACCCAGUUAUAAGGACUUCGGGCAUCUAGCAAUGGAACUUGAAAAGGACUAACAGAUGCCAUUUUAUUGACGCAGCCUUUUGUAAUUUUUUUUUUUUAUAUAAAUUAGAGAUUUAUUUUCAAUUUUGCCGACCAACUCUUAACUCCUGGCGUGAAGAACCGCGGUUACGAGUGGUUUUAUGCCAAAUGCGCAGGCCUCUACACAGGCAACAGACGUUUUACUGGCUGGGAUUGGCCGUUAUCAGGAUUCAUACUCUGCCGGCUGUGAUCCCUAUAAAGAGGAGUUUUUUUUAUUGCCCUCUUCAUGUUUACUAUUUGUAACGGUUACCUGAGAAACUUGGGACACAACGCAAUGAUCUCCUCAAGCAAGGAGCAGACUCUGCGCCCGGAGCGGUGAAGAAGGGGCAGGCCCCCCUUCCGGUGCCAUCUCCUUCUUUGUCGGGGUUCUCAUAUGCUUGGGGAAAGGAAGGAAGGGGGGGGGGAAUACAUUUUCGUUCGUUUUGCAAAAUACAACAAUGCCCCCUUUAUAGCAAAACGAUAAAGGUAACCACAUGCUGCUGGUUUUGUGUUAUUUUAUUUUGUUGUCUGCUAUUGGUAGAAUGGGAAGAGGAGCCAAUAUUAAAUAUUUUUCUCAUA